CUGGCAGGGAGGGUUGGGAAGAAGGGGAUCCUACAGGACCUGGGAGACUGUACAAUCUACCUCUUUCUGUGGAAGAAAAAAGGAAAUACCAGCUUCAAACUCCAGCUCACCUGCUUUUCUUUUCUCCUGAUGAACCCUCAGCUGUCGUGGCAGGCAGCUGUGCAGUGCAUGAACAGAAAGUGGAGCAUGUUUUUUUUUUUUUUUUUUAAUUUCCAAACAAAAACAGGAGUGUGGAGUGCUGCUGAGCCGCGACUUAAGUCUGUUAACCCCUUAUAGAGUGGAGGUCUCACUAAAAUCUCUGCACUGACUAAGAACGAGUUGUGGAGACAAUCAGGGAGAAAAAAAAAAUCAAGUUCAGCAAGCAAAAGGUUGUAUUUAUGUGCUCGCUGUGGGACUUGAGAGGAUUUUUUUUUUUUUUUUUUUUACCAAAGACGCGCUAACGUUACGCCACGCAUGCCACAACCAUCGAGUCAGCAGCUCCCAAAUCCCUCUGAAUUAAACUGAAGCUUGCUUUUCAUGCACGGCCCUUUUCUCUUUUCAACAAGAAGAUGCUCUACAGCUACGUGGUUGUGUGCGACAUUUCUUGAAAUUUAAAUUAAUUGAGACGGUUGCUGGAAACCAGCGCAAACUUCACUUUUGGCCUGCACUAGAGUGGAGGAGCCAGGCUAUGCAACUAGCUAGUUAGCUGGAUGCCUAACUGUUGUUUGCUAGCACUGGCGCUAGCUUAUACUCGGCCAACAAGUCAGUUUUUGCUUCUUUUUUUUCUUUCCUCUUUUAUCGGCAUGGACAAAAAUAAACUUGGACAGCUUGGUGAACUAAAAGUCGCAGCAGGAAUGCCCAGUGCUGCUGUUUGUUAAUGGUGGUUUUCCAUGCGGUGGCUCACUUUAGCAGCAGCGUUAGCUUGUGUUUGACUGAACACGUUGGACUCGUUCCUCCGCCCAUCUUCCGGGAUGUCUUUUAUUUAUUUUGUUUACCUGUUGGCCCAUGCCGCAAAACAAAACCUGUUUCCUGAAAGUGUUUCUUUUCCAGUUUGAACUGUCCUCCUCGCAAGGAUUAUUCAGUGUUUGACCCGGUACAGUGCUGCAUGGUGUCAGUUAUGUGGCUCCGGACUUUGUAUUUGGGUUUUGUUGUGACCGCUGUCUGGUUGGUGAUGAGCUGUCAUCGAGCGUCUGGCGAGAUUUGUCCAAGCAAGGACAUCCGCAACAAUGUGACCAACCUCCAGACGCUUGAGAAUUGUACUGUGAUUGAAGGCCACCUGAAGAUCUUACUCAUGUUCAGGACCAAGCCGGAAGAUUUCCGGGGCCUCAGUUUCCCCAAGCUGACAGUGGUCACCGACUACUUGUUGCUCUUCAGAGUUUACGGCCUGGAGAGCCUCAACGAUCUGUUUCCCAACCUAACGGUCAUCAGAGGCAACAACCUGUUCUUUAACUAUGCUCUAGUGGUGUUUGAAAUGCUGCAGCUACGAGAGAUUGGCCUCCAUAGCUUGAUGAAUAUCACCAGAGGAGCUGUGAGAAUUGAGAAGAACCCAGAUCUCUGCUAUCUUUCCACUCUGGACUGGUCCAAGAUCCUGGAUUCAGUGGAAGACAACUACAUCAUGGCCAACAAGAAUGACAGAGAGUGUAGCGACGUGUGCCCAGGGGCAGCUGUUGGUAAGACCACCUGCCAGACGACCACAAUCAAUGGACACUUCAGCGAACGUUGCUGGACACAGAACCACUGUCAAAAAAUGUGCCCUGUUCAGUGCAAACACCGGGCAUGCACCAAGGAUGACCAAUGCUGCCACGACCAAUGCCUGGGUGGCUGCCUGAAGCCUAACUCAGCCAGUCACUGCGUGGCCUGCCGUGGCCUCCAGCAUGAGGGCAGUUGUGUGGAACGCUGCCCCAAAAACCACUUCACCUACAAGGGCUGGCGCUGUGUCUCCUUUGCUUUCUGCCAAGAUCUGCACAACAGAUGUAAGCGGGAGAAGGAACGCAGCAAGAGCCCUGACUGCCACGAGUACGUCAUCCACAAUGCUGCCUGCAUCCCUGAGUGUCCCUCUGGCUACACGACCGUCAGCUCCUCCUCGCUCAACUGCACUCCCUGUGCAGGGCUCUGUCCUAAGGUGUGUAUGGGUCUGAAAACAGUAGACUCUGUCACGGCUGCCCAGGCUUUAGGAGGCUGCACUGUUCUCAACGGGAGCCUGGUCAUCAACCUGCGUGGAGGAAACAACAUAGCAGCUGAACUGGAGGCCAGUUUGGGUCAGCUGGAGGAGAUCACUGGCUACCUGACAGUACGACGUUCCUACGCCCUUGUAUCACUCUCAUUUUUCCGUAAACUCCGUGUUAUUCAUGGACAGGAACAAGAAAUCGGAAAUUACUCGUUCUAUGCCCUAGACAACCAGAAUCUGCGACAGCUCUGGGACUGGUCCAAACACAGGCUGGCCAUCCUUCAGGGACGCAUGUUUUUCCACUACAACUCCAAACUUUGCAUGUCUGAGAUCCGCAAGAUGGAAGAGGUGACAGGAACUAAAGAGCGGCAAGUCAAGAAUGAUAUCGCCUCCAAGACCAACGGAGACCAGGCCUCAUGUGAGAACCAUGUGUUGAAGUUUACUCAGAUUCGAACCAUGAGUGAUAAGAUAAUGGUCAAGUGGGAAGCUUUCUGGCCGCCAGACUUCAGGGAUCUGCUGGGCUUCAUGGUACUCUACAAAGAAGCACCUUUUCAGAAUGUAACUGAGUUUGAUGGGCAGGACGCCUGCGGCUCUAACAGUUGGGUAAUCGCUGAUGUGGACCCUCCACGUCGAGCCACUGAAGGGGACAAGGAUCAGUUUGAACCUGGUCAUCUCAUCCUGCCUUUGAAGCCCUGGACGCAAUAUGCCAUCAUGGUGAAAACCCAGCUCUCAGCCUCUGAUGAGCACCAGGUCCACGGAGCCAAGAGCGAGAUCAUCUAUGUUCGCACCAAUGCUACCAAACCCUCAGUCCCACUGGACCCCAUUUCCUCGUCCAACUCUUCCUCCCAGAUCAUCCUCAAGUGGAAACCUCCCAAUGACCCCAAUGGCAACAUCACUCACUACCUGGUCUUCUGCCAGCGCCAGCCCGAGGCCAGUGAGCUGUACAAGUUUGACUACUGUCAAAAGGGGAUGAAGUUGCCAUCGCGGGUACCCACUCAGGUGGACAGUGACGAGGAGCAGAAGUGGAACCAGACUGAGGAGCAGGGCCAGGGGACACGAUGCUGUGCCUGCCCUAAAACUGACAAGGAGCUCAAGAAGGAGAAAGAGGACUCAGAGUACCGCAAAACCUUUGAGAAUUACCUCCACAAUGAAGUCUUUGAGAUCAAGCGCUCGAGACAGCGACGCUCUGUGAUGGGCAUCGCCAACCAAACACACCCCUUCCUAACGAUGGCCCCUACCCUGCCGGGAGGCACUGGCACCCCUGACAACGAGGAUGAGGAAACCUUUGAAAGCACCAAGACUGUAGUCACAGUUCAUGCCAAGGAGUCCACGGUCAUCUCCAACCUACGCCAUUUCACCAGCUACCAGAUCGAGAUCCACGCCUGCAACCAUGCAACCGACUCAGCCCGCUGCAGUAUGGCAGCAUACGUCAGCGCUCGCACAAUGCCUGAAUACAAAGCUGAUGACAUCUUAGGUCCCAUCAAUUAUGAGGUGACAGAAAAUACAGUACACAUCACCUGGCAGGAACCCACAGCCCCCAAUGGUAUGAUUAUCCUGUAUGAGGUCAACUACAAGAGACUGGGAGACACUGAGGAGUUGCACUACUGUGUCUCGAGGAACAUGUACAAAAUGACCCGUGGCUGCAAGCUGAAAGUGAUGCAUCCUGGGAACUACACAGUGAGGAUCCGGGCCACCUCGCUGGCUGGGAACGGAUCAUGGACUGAGCCCACGUACUUCUAUGUCCAAGAUGCAAGUGAUCCUCUCUACAUUGUAAAGAUCGUCAUCGGGCCAAUCAUCUGUUUUGUGCUGCUGCUGUUUGUGGCUGUGGCAGGAUUCGUUAUGUUCACGAAAAAUCAAACCCAAGGUCCUACUGGUCCCAUCUAUGCUUCUUCAAAUCCUGAAUAUCUCAGCGCUAAUGACGUGUAUGAGGAGGACGAGUGGGAGGUGGCCAGAGAGAAAAUCGCCAUUUUGCGGGAACUUGGUCAGGGCUCCUUCGGCAUGGUCUACGAGGGCAUCGCCAAGGACAUCAUCAAGGGUGAAGGGGAAACGCAUGUAGCCGUGAAGACAGUCAACGAGUCAGCCAGCCUGAGGGAGAGAAUUGAGUUCCUGAAUGAGGCCUCGGUCAUGAAGGCCUUCAGCUGCCACCAUGUGGUACGUCUGCUGGGUGUUGUGUCUAAGGGCCAACCCACCCUGGUGGUGAUGGAGCUGAUGACCCACGGAGACCUGAAAAGUUAUCUACGUUCCCUUCGCCCUGACGCUGAGAAUAACCCCGGGCGUCCACCACCUACUCUGAAGGAGAUGAUACAAAUGGCCGCCGAGAUUGCAGACGGCAUGGCUUAUCUUAAUGCCAAGAAGUUUGUCCACAGAGACUUGGCAGCCAGGAACUGCAUGGUUGCUCACGAUCUUACAGUUAAAAUAGGAGACUUUGGCAUGACCAGAGAUAUCUAUGAGACUGAUUACUACAGGAAAGGUGGGAAAGGCCUGCUGCCCGUCAGGUGGAUGGCACCUGAAUCUCUAAAGGACGGCGUCUUCACCGCACAUUCAGACUGCUGGUCUUUUGGGGUUGUGCUGUGGGAGAUCAGCACUUUGGCUGAGCAGCCGUACCAAGGCCUGUCCAACGAGCAGGUCCUUAAGUUUGUCAUGGACGGAGGCUACCUAGACCGACCAGACAACUGUGCUGACAGAUUUCACAACCUGAUGCAGAUGUGCUGGCAGUACAACCCCAAGAUGCGCCCCACUUUCCAGGAGAUCAUCGAGAUGCUACGGGAGGACCUGCAUCCUUCUUUUCAGGAGGUCUCCUUCUUCUACAGCGAGGAGAACAAACCCCCAGAAAGCGAGGACUUUGACCUCGACAUUGAAAAUAUGGAGAGCAUCCCGCUGGACCCUUCGUCGUACUCACAGAGGGAACAGUGUUUGGACAGAGAUGAGGCCUCCUCCAUGGGUCUGAGGGGCAGCUAUGAGGAGCACCACAUCCCAUUUACACACAUGAACGGGGGAAAGACCAACGGACGAAUACUGGCCCUACCGCGGUCCAGCCCCUCCUAACAUACUGUACACAUCCCGCACAAACACAUCAAUCUUAUAGAUUUAAAUGUUUUUGUUUUUUGUUGUCAUUUUAUAUAGAUCACACUUCUGUCACUCUCACCUCAGAACCCCCUCAGUGCAUAUCUCAGGACCUUAUUUUUCUCUUCAGAUGCCACACACACUACAGUAAGUCCACGAAUGGACAUCAGAAGACACUUUUUGUAUUUAAGGAUGAAUCUCCAGUGUCUCUUGGUUAUGAUUGUAGUUUAUAUACUGUGUGUAUGUGUGUGUGUGUGUAUAUAUAUAUAUAUAUAUAUAUAUAUACAUAUAUUGCCAGGUUUGUGCUAGACUGGGUAGAUAAUGGAUUCAACUGUGAAACAAACUCUUGACAAACAAGAAGGCUGCUAAACCCACUGUCUCUCUCCUGGAAUCAAGACUGUGUUCCUCUCCCAAUUCGCGAAAUGGGUCUGUCCCUGGGUUGCAAAUUUUUGAAAAAAGUGCCCUUCUCUUUUGUCUGUGGCCUACAUCAGUUGUCAUGAAGCUCUGUCUGAAUCUUUGCAAGUAGAAAAUGAAAGACUGAACUGAAAAUAAAAGACUCUGGAAACUUUCUGCUGGAUGGCUAUCGAUGGUCCAUCCUUGAACAAACUCUUACCCACUGGAGAAGCUAGUUGAAGUGGCUUACCUCCUCACACUCUGCAGUAUUCCAAAAAGGCACACAGGAUAAAUACAGAACUUUUGUUGGGUUGUAUUUUUUAAUUUAUUUACUUGUGGGUUUUUUUGUUUGUUUUCUCUUUUUUUUAGUUUUCACAUUUACAGCUGAAGGAUAUUUAAACUGUUUUCAGAAACAUUUUGGCAAAUGAGUUCCUCAGAUUGACCAAUAGCUGCUUCAUAGGUAUAUUUUAGUGGGUAUAGAAGAUUAAAAAAGUAUAAAUAUAUAUAUAAAUAUUCUAUUGAUGUUUUUGUACAUAGUUUAUAUGUUGUCAUUCUUGAGGUAUUUCCGGUCAUAGAAAAUGUUUUUACAUGUUAGUCUCUCAUGUUUAUUUUUUGUAAUCCAGAAGAUCAUACUGAUUAGUUUUUUGGACACAUGAUCAACCAACAGCACUUGGUCUUUUACUAGGUGAUGCCUGGGAGAAGAAGUGUUUGGCGUCUUAAGCUUAAGAUGUCUGCUCAUCAUAUCAAGAUCAAAUAAAAUAGUGCUGUAAAUAAUGAGGCAAGAUGCAUCCAUGACAAGCUCUGGCAGUGACUUUCUUAUUUUUGUGCUCUUAUGUGUUUUUCCUGACAGUGACGUGAUACUUCACUAAAUGCAGAGAUUGUUACAUCAUUAUAAAGGAAAUUUGUGAAAUUCAAAAUUUGUCUCAAUAGCAACAUCGACACACAUACACUCAAGUCCAUUUACAUACAGAGUCAAAGUAGAGGCUAAGUGUGAUGGCAUUUUUGAAACAAAUACAGACCCAGAUGUUUUCAUUAUAACACAGGUCUGUUAACUUCAAUACACAAUUAGCUGUUUAGCCUAUAGAAUGUCAGUACAGUGAUGAAGAGUGUCUUUUUUUUGUCCACAACAUAUUUUUGACCACAAGAGAUUCAAUUUGCUGUCUUAGUGGAGAAAGGGAAACCAGAAAAUAUGACUUACUGACAUUUACUGCAAAGUGUCUUGUAGUGAUUUAUUGCAAAAAUGAUUAAAUCAAUAAUCAAUGAAAUCAAAAUGACUUAAUAUUCCAUGAGGAACUUAAUGUGUGCAGUAAACAAGUAAAAAAAGGCAGUAAUUACAAAUGAUCACAACAUUAGCAAUGCCAUGACAAGUUACAAGUGGAGUAUGAAGCUAGGCAUGGCUCUUUGGUUCUAAAUGGCAGAGACCUACUUCAGCAUCCAGAGGGCAUGAGGUUGUAGUAAAUGCUGAGGGUGUGUCAGGUGCUGCCAGCUCUAUAUGAAGUCUUUAUUAAUGUCCAUUUCUUGUGGAUCCCGCUGUAUGUCUCCUGCUCCCACCCAGAGGUUGUGCUGCUGAUCAGAAGUACAGUUCCAUUGAAGGGUAUUAGGUUGGUGGGGCUCCUCCCUCCAAACCACCCAACAAUAGUGUCAGUCAGUAUGGAUACCAUGAUCUUAUUUUUUCCUUUUUUUUUUUUUUUUUUGUCUGCAAGUCCACUCAAAAAUGACACCAACCAACCAUGGUGUCAUUGCUUAAGCUUCAUGUGCAAUUUUUUUCUUCUUUGUGACUGUGACCAUCACCUGUCCUCAUGGCAAAUUAACCUAUCAUGUUUAUUUCAAGCUGUUUCCUACAUUACGCCAUUGAGGGCUGUGCACACCCAAGUGAAACAUAAAACAAACACAGGACAGACAGAAAGGUGAGGCAUAGACAGUGUUCUAAGAGCGAAGGUGCAUUUUAUUUGUUUGUACUCUUUAAUUCACACCUUAAAACCAGUUACAAAUCUAAGACCCUUCACAGACACCAAAUACGACAAAAUCCCAACUGGAUCAAUCAUGAAGAUGUCAGGAGGCCACAAGAAGGAUAGAUAAAGCAGAGUGAGAUCCACAGACACUAACUCAGCAACCUCCACUGACUCAGCGCCCGGAGGAACAAACUCUAUUGAGUUUUGGUAAGUGCCGGUGUGGUGGGUCUGGCAUGCAUGAAAACCUCCACCAAAAGGAGGGAGCUGUCUCCUCCAGCCCAAGGAGGUCCAACUUGUUAAAUCGCCGAGUAGGCACAGACUUGGAGAUAAAGGAAUCCUGCAAUUUAAGAUUCCGGAAAGCUUUUCUGAGACGUUGGUCCAGAAAUUUUUACGGGGGUGCACAGCCAUAGAGCAUGAAAAUAAGUAUCAACAGUGUUCUGGGAGCACUGGAGACAGAUGUCGGAGUCGGAGAAUCCCAUUUUGUUCAUCAUAUAUUGAGUAAUAUGUGUUCUAUGGAGGAUUUUGUAUUGGAUGAGUUGUAAGUUUGUGUGUUUUGUCAUUUUAAAUGCAUUAUCGCAAAUUUGAGUCCAGAAGUCUGGUUCCGGGGAUAUAGAUAGAUCUAACUCCCAUUUAGAGAUAGGUAAAUGUAUUGUAUCAGUGCUUAAGAGUAACUUAUAUAUUUUAGAGAGGGUUUUAGUUGUUGUUGGAGAAAGCUUUAUGAUUGCUUCAGCUAAUGCCGGCGGCCGGCGCGUGCUUUGAAGUGUUGGGAUUCUUUUCUUAAUAAUAUUUUUAACUUGUAGAUAAUGUAAAAAAAUUCCCGUUUUUUAUUUUGUAUUUUUGAAGCAAGUUUGUAUAUGACAUGAACGUAUUAUCUGAAAAGAGGUGGUGGAGAUGUGUGAUUCCAUUCUGCUCCCAAACAGCUAAAUGGAGCGGCUGAUUGUUAACCUGAAAAUCAGGGUUGUACCAAAUGGGAGAAAACUUACAGGGCUCCAAUUUAGAGUUUGUAAUUUCUAAUGCCUUCCACCAAGCGGUCAAGGUGGAGGAAAUCAUUGGGUUUUUAAAACAGUUAUGUCGUUUGAUGGAUGUUGUAAUAAAGAGUAUGUCUGAAAGUUU